UUUAGUUUAAAGGGUGCUUCAGUGACUCUAAUCGAGAAGGAUGAACUGGAUAUCUCUCGUAGCCGCGGUAUUAGCAUGCGUAAGCACCAUACAAGGACAGGGAUACGACUACAGUCGCCCUAAUAAGCCGUUUGAUGCCGGAUCGAGCGUUUCCGGUCCUGGCAUUCAACCAUCCGGUCCACCUACUAAUUUUGCUCAGGGUGCGCCAAAUGUAGGAUAUCCUUCCGGCUCUCCAUACCCAGGCGCUCCCGGGCAACAAUUACCUUCAGGAUCACCAACGCAGUUUCCUAUUGGAUCCGAAAAGUCGCCCACGCCAAAAUACCCAGGACAACAAGGGUCACCAGGUUCGCCCACCGGUGGAUACCCAGGUUCAAGUGCACCAGCCGCUGGUUACCCAGGAUCAAGUUCGCCUGCUGCUGGAUACCCAGGCUCAGGUUCACCUAAAGGUGGUUAUCCAGGAUCAGACUCUCCACCCGCCGGUUAUCCAGGACAAAGUUCGCCUGCUGCUGGAUACCCAGGAUCAGGUUCACCUACCGCUGGUUAUCCAGGAUCAGGCUCACCAUCCGCCAGUUAUCCAGGGCAAAGUUCGCCUGCCGCUGGAUAUCCAGGAUCAGGUUCACCUACCGGUGGUUAUCCAGGAUCAGACGCACCUGCCGCAGGUUAUCCAGGAUCAAGCUCGCCUGCUAGUGGAUACCCAGGAUCAGGUUCACCUACCGCUGGUUAUCCAGGAUCAGGCUCACCAGCCGCCGGUUAUCCAGGACAAAGUUCGCCUGCUGCUGGAUAUCCAGGACAGGGUUAUCCAUCUUCUACUUCUCCAGCCCAAAGAUUCCCAACGCCAAGCCCUCCUUCCACUGGUUACCCAGGUUCAGACGCCGCUUACCAACGCCAAAAACCAUCUAGCUCUGCGUUACCCGGCCCAAGUUCACCUGGUUCUAAUUAUCCUACAAGCGCACCCGCAUACCCCAGCCAACCUGAAUCAAACCGACCCGACAGCGCCUAUCAAGGACAGGGCUCUCCCGGCUUUGGUUACUCUUCACCUAACACGGGCUAUCCUACAGCAGGAAGCCAGAGUCCUAGUUCAGCAUACCAAGGACCCGAGUCUAGGCCUCCCACAGCAUCGCAGCCGUUUGGAUAUCCAUCAUCUCCAAAUUAUCCUACACCAUCACCAAGUUCUCAAUACCCAGAUAAACAAAGAGGUUUUCCAAUCGGGCCGUCUACAUCGGCACCUUCGGGUUAUACGAGCCCUCAAAGGCCCGGUAGCUUUCCUUCUGGUUUCCCCUCUUCACCACAAUCCCCCACUGGCCAACCCAGCUUCCCUGAAAAAUUAGAUCAAAGACCUUCUGGUCCAGGCUAUUCUGGCGUAGGUUCAGCACAAUUUCCGCAACAGCAACCACAAUUCCCCGGACAACCAAACGAAGAUGACGGUCAAUAUCGCGGAACUGCCGAAGACGGCGAUUACUCCGCAAUUCCGGGACAACCCGAAGCCGAUUACCCUAUAUACUCAUAUAUACCGGAGACGUCCUUUAAAUGCGAAGAGCAACAGUAUCCAGGUUACUAUGCGGAUGUAGAAGCGCGGUGCCAAGUAUUUCAUGUCUGCGCCAACAACAAAAUGUAUGAUUUCCUCUGUCCAAACGGCACAGUCUUCCACCAAGAGUAUUUAGUAUGUGUAUGGUGGAAUCAAUUCGAUUGUAAUUCGGCUCCAUCGCUCUACGGCAUUAACGCGAACAUUUACGAUUAUUCAUACCGUGUGCCGCAGAGCAUUCCCGGGCAACCUGAAUUUCCGGGUUCUAACGCCCCGGGAGCUCCUCAAGGUUCUACCGCGGCAGACAGACAACCAGGACAGUCUCCUCAAAAAUCCGGUUAUUACCCCACACGUCCACAAGACGAAGGAAACGCACCAAAUGGUUAUCGUGGACCCACCCAAGGCGCACCAGGUUAUACGCAGCCGGAUCGAAACGCGUCUGGCUAUCCAAGUCCCGCUCAAGGCUAUCCAGGAUCUAACGCACCAGGUUAUACGCAGCCGGACAGAAAUGCCCCUGGCUAUCCAGGAUCCGGCGCACCGGGUUACACGCAGCCAGACCGAAACGUUCCUAGCUAUCCAAGUGCCGCUUCGUCUUUCCCCAGCUCAUCGCCACAAAAGCCCUCGCCGCAAGGUCAACAACCCGAAGUCCAAAGACCAGGAAAUAAUCAAGCACCACAAUCAACGGGAGGUUUUCCCGCAGGAAACGGCUAUUCGAAUGGUGCGCCUGGUUCGCAGCAUGCAGGAACGUCAGACCAGCAGUCGCGUCAGUAUCUUCCGCCUUAUAUAAGCUGAUUUUGUUGAACGUAACUUAAAUUAUUUAUUUCUUUUGUAACGUAUUCGAGUUUGUAUAAACACAACAU